GGGGUGCGGCUUUGCUCUGGAUCUCGGUCCCCUUUGGUGGGUUUGGUGUCUUCUGUCCUCUGUGUGGAGGUAACGGGAGGACGCAGAGCUCCGUCCACCCUCAGCGGCGCAGACCAUGGCUGACGCGGCCCAGACCAGUAUCAGGGUGGUGUGCCGCUUCCGGCCGCUCAACAGCGCUGAGGUGGCGCGAGGAGACAAGUACAUCCCCAAGUUUAAGGGCGACGACUGUGUACAGAUCGCGGGUAAACCAUACUACUUUGACCAGGUGUUCCAGUCCAACACCACCCAGGAGCAGUUCUACAACGCCGUGGCCCAGAAGAUCGUCAGGGAUGUUCUAGAGGGCUACAACGGGACCAUAUUCGCCUACGGGCAAACGUCCUCAGGGAAGACCCACACAAUGGAGGGGAAACUUCAUGACCAAGACAUGAUGGGAAUCAUCCCCAGGAUCGUCCAGGACAUCUUUAACUAUAUUUAUUCCAUGGAUGAGAACCUGGAGUUUCAUAUUAAAGUGUCUUAUUUUGAAAUUUAUUUGGACAAAAUCAAGGAUCUGUUGGACAUCACUAAGAACAACCUUUCUGUGCACGAAGACAAAAACAGGGUUCCAUACGUCAAGGGCGCUACCGAGCGUUUUGUGUGCAGUCCUGAGGAGGUGAUGGAGGCCAUAGACGAAGGCAAAAACAGCCGACACGUGGCCGUCACAAACAUGAAUGAACACAGCUCCAGGAGUCACAGCAUCUUCCUCAUAAACAUCAAACAGGAGAACACUCAGACCGAACAGAAGAUGACGGGGAAGCUGUACCUGGUCGACUUGGCUGGCAGUGAAAAGGUCGGUAAAACUGGCGCAGAGGGAACAGUACUGGACGAAGCCAAGAUGAUCAACAAGUCCCUGUCUGCCCUGGGGAACGUCAUCUCUGCUCUGGCAGAGGGUUCGACCUACGUCCCAUACAGAGACAGUAAGAUGACCCGGAUCCUGCAGGACUCCCUGGGGGGGAACUGUCGGACCACCAUGGUCAUCUGCUGCUCCCCGUCCUCCUUCAACGACGCAGAGACCAGAUCCACGCUGCUGUUCGGACAGAGGGCCAAGACCAUCAAGAACACGGUGUCUCUGAACGUGGAGCUGACGGCGGAGCAGUGGAAGAGCAAGUGGGAGAAAGAGAAGGAGCGCAACAAAACCCUGAGGAACUCCGUCACCUGGCUGGAGAACGAGCUGAACCGCUGGAGGAAUGGAGAGAGCGUGCCGGUGGAGGAACAGUUCGACAAAGAAAAGGCCAAAGCUGAGGUGCAGGCUCUGGACAGCACGCUCAACAACGACAAGACUCCACCCACGCCCACCUCCGCCCCCAGCGCCCUGCCCGGAGUCCAGCUGACGGCCGCCGACAAGGAGAAGUACGGGGAGGAGGUGACCAAGCUGUACAAGCAGCUGGACGACAAGGACGAGGAGAUAAACCAACAGUCUCAGCUGAUCGAUCAACUCAACCAACAGAUGUUGGACCAGGAGGAGCUCCUAGCCUCCUCGCGCCGCGACCACGACACCCUGCAGACCGAGCUCAACCGUCUGCUGUCGGAGAACGAAGCCUCCAAGGAAGAGGUGAAGGAGGUUCUGCAGGCCCUGGAGGAGCUGGCCGUCAACUACGACCAGAAGAGCCAGGAGGUGGAGGACAAGGCCCGAGAGUUCGAGGCCCUGAGCGAGGAGCUGAACCAGAAGUCUAGCUCCUUGGCCUCCAUCGACUCGGAGCUGCAGAAGCUGAAGGAGAUGACCAACCACCAGAAGAAGAGGGUCACAGAGAUGAUGUCGUCACUGCUCAAAGACCUGGCGGAGAUCGGCAUCGCAGUGGGAAGCAACGACAUUAAGCAACAGGAGAGCAGCGGUGCCAUCGACGAGGAGUUCACCGUGGCCCGUCUCUACAUCAGUAAGAUGAAGUCGGAGGUGAAGACCAUGGUGAAGCGCAGCAAACAGCUGGAGAGCGCCCAGGCCGAGACCAGCCAGAAGAUGGAGGAGAACGACCGGGAGCUGACCGCCUGUCAGCUGAAGAUCUCCCAGCAUGAGGCUAAGAUCAAGUCUCUGAGUGAAUGUCUCCAGAAUGUGGAACAGAAGAAAAGACAACUGGAGGAAAACGUGGACUCCCUUAAUGAGGAAAUCGUCCGAAUCAAAGCCCAAGAGAAAGUCAGCGCCAUGGAAAAGGAGGAUGAGCUGCAGUCUGCCAAUGAAGUCAAGGAGGCUGUGGAGAAGCAGAUCCAGUCCCACAGAGAAGCCCACCUGAAGCAGAUCAGCAGCCUGAGAGACGAGCUGGACACCAAGGAGAAGCUGAUCACCGAGCUGCAGGACCUCAACCAGAAGGUCAUGUUGGAGCAGGAGACGCUGAAGGUGGAGCACGACAAACUGAAGGCCGUGGACCAGGAGAAGAGCCGGCAGCUGCAGGAGCUGACGGUGAUGCAGGACAGACGGGAACAGGCCAGACAGGAUCUGAAGGGUCUGGAGGAGACUGUGGCCCGUGAACUGCAGACUCUCCACAACCUGAGGAGACUGUUUGUGCAGGACUUAUCCUCCAGACUCAAAAAGAAUGCUAACAUGGAUGACCCAGAAAGCAGCGCAGCUCAGAAGCAGAAGAUCAGCUUCCUGGAGAACAACCUGGAGCAGCUGACCCAAGCACACAAACAGCUGCUCCGGGACAACGCCGACCUUCGCAGUGAGAUUCCUAAAAUGGAGAAGCGCCUGCGGGGAACAGCUGAGCGAGUCAAAGCCCUGGAGUCGGCUCUGAAGGAGGCCAAAGAGAACGCCGCACGGGACCGCAAGCGCCAUCAGGAAGAGAUGGAGCGCAUUAAGGACGCCCAAAAGCCCAAGAACAUGGGCAGGAGAGCCUCAGCCAUUAUAGCUAAGCCCAUCCGACCCGGCCAGCUCCCAGGGGCCCCCCUCAACUACAACAGCAACAGGUCCAACCUCAUCCAGCCCAUCAAGGGUGGAGGCAACAGCUGGAAGGAGGAAGACUAGCCCCCCCUCACAGACUCACAGAAGUGUAGUAACUGCUAAACUUUGACCUGGAACCAUCAUUACAGUGUGAAUUGUGUGUAGGACCUGGACUCCUGCCAGAUCCACACAAACAGGGACAUGUUCACAGAGAUCAGCACCUGACGGAGACCACGGAAAUAAAUACUGUAUGUUUUAGGUCUGGAUGGAAAACAGAGCGAGGGCUGGCUGUGUUCAUGUUCUUCUGUGCACUCUACACUUGUG